AUGCCGCCUAUUCGCAGCGCCCGCAAUCGCAAACCGCCGCCAGCCGGCUUCGACGACAUAGAAGAUACCUUGCUGGAGUUCAGUAAUAAGAUGAAGGAUGCCGAGAAUGAGCCUCAUGAAGGAAAGAAGAAGUACGAGGUACUUUGGCCUAUCUUUCAAAUCAGUCACCAACGUUCACGAUACAUCUACGAUCUCUACUAUGAGAAAGAAGCCAUCUCAAAGCAGUUAUAUGACUGGCUGCUGAAGAACAAAUAUGCCGAUGCAAACCUGAUUGCUAAGUGGAAGAAGCAGGGUUAUGAGAAGCGGGCAUAA